AUGUCCUCGGACACCUCGGACGAGUCGCUUCAUCUAUUCCUGAGCGACGACGACCACGACCAGGAUUUUAACCCGAACCCCGAGGAUAUAGGGCAUGUCGAGGAAGGCGUUGAAGAUCGAGCGGCGUCCAGCCACGCCGACACUCUCACUUCAGGCUUUGAGUCGGAUUUGUUGGCCGAUGAGACACUAAGUCGGAAUUCCCCCGAGCUCUGGCCAGACACAUUACCUGGUGUGGGUGAGUUUGUGUCCCUGUAUUCUCCCGCUUCAGCCUCUCCCCCUCCGUCCCACCCACCGACGCCUUUGGUGGACACUCAGUUCUUCCCUUUGCAUGAUCUUGAACUACUAACCGAAUUAAGCCAACUUAGUCUGGACCGUCUUCUCCGCGAGGUCAGGACACUGCACGAUAUCGCUUUUGAUCUGGGCUUACAAGAGGCCAAGGAGAUGACACGCGGGCGUUAUCUCAAUAUCCUCAAAACGCGUUCCAACGCCGAUUAG